GGGAUUAAGGUCGGAGAACAAGAAAAGGAGCACGUUUAUGCAGUAUUGCAAGAAAGAGAGGGAGACAUCGAAUACAUUCAGGUAAAUAGCCUGGGUGGCUGACGGAAUUAGUAUGGGAGUGCUGAUAUUUUUUUGUGUGUUUUCCCUUUCAAAUUUGCAAAAAAAUAUUUACUGAUUCUCGGCAAAAGGUUUCAUAUUUUUUAAGGUUUUGACCCCAUGGCAUACGCUUUACCGAUGUAGUACUCUACUGUCUGAGUUUCAGACAUUUCACCCUGUGUACACAAAUUCAGGGAUCUCUUAUGAUUUUUUAAGCGUUUCCUUUUUAAUAUCCUAUUUCCCGCUAGGAACACGACAUGGAUCUCCCCGGUGGGGACUUGCCGUGUGGAGUUAAUGAGAGCUGUCACAAGUUCAUUGUGCGUAGUUCAGAUCAGGCGAAAUUGAUCUGUAACUCGUACGGUUCUCGCUGCAAAGGAUUUGUUUAUUCAAAGGAAUCAGGAACAUUUAUCCCGAAAGGAGAGUUGCAAAAUAAAAUGGUAUUUACAACUGGUAUGGAACUAUUUGUUAAGAAAACGUUCGCAGAAAACGCCGUGACAAAUGAAACUUGCGCGGUACCACUUGACCAGUUCCAGUCCCUUGCCGACGGCUGCCAUCUACCAGAACUGGACCCAAAUGAUGAAAGUAUCACUAAACUUAUUAAGAAACCUGGGACACCACUUCAGUGUCCAGGUUUCCAGCUGACACGUUAUCGGAGCGGAGUCUUGGAAGUGAUUGACCACGGAGGUAAAGGUACGGUUAAUGUUUGUUUUUCUUCAACUCCUACUGCUAAAUUACACUCGUAGUAGAAUGAGCCUUAAACAAAAAUAUUUUUACCUUGGGAAGCACGUACAAAUGAACUCCAAGAGGUCACUAGAUGCCAGCGCGGUUCGAUGAACAGUAUGGAGUUUUCGUCUUUUCGGUUCAAAUGGAAAAAAAAGGAAGCCGCCUCAAGUUGCUCAUUUUGAUCGGAGUGAACUAUACCACUUGCCCCUGGGCAAGAAAAUUGACCCAUGAUUUUCAAAGUAUGUUUCUCUCUCUUUUCACAGAUACAAACAUCUCGUCUUUGUUGUAUCAGUCAAUUUUUCGGCCACAACACAAAGACUGGGGAGUUAUUUUGGGGGAUGAAGUUAGCCUACAAGCAAAAGAUGGUCAAUUCAGACUUGAUUCAGAAUUCAUCCGCGUUAAGCUCACCACCGCUCAAGGUACAAAACACGUAGAAUACCAUGCGCAAGUCGUACCUAAGCCCCUGCCUGUGAAUCACAGAAAAGAAAACGGACUUCCUCUUAGCGUUGUUAUCAUAGGCCUUGAUUCUUUGUCAGCGGCGCACUUCCAGAGAGCUCUUCCUGAGGCUUCAAAGUUUAUGAAAGAAGAGAUGAACUCGGUGUUCCUAAAGGGUUAUUCGGUUGUUGGAGAUGGCACCACUCCUGCAUUGGCAGCUCUUAUGACAGGUAAGCAGAGGAGUGAGGGGAGAGCUGGUACAGAACAAGACACAAACUUUUGUUAACUCUCGCCACCCUUUUGUUGCCCACGUGCUUUAUUAUAUACUUAUGCUCUUUCAAAAUCGGAACUGGAUUGUAUUUGGCCUGAAGGAGCUCUUGUUCAUUACUCCCAAUGCAAAUAACGGUGGCACUUAGGGUGGAUUCAUUUGCAACAAACGCGUAUAGCUGUCGCAUUUACCCGCUGGAAUUUUUUAUUGUUUUUAGGCUUAAAAACAAAAAUAAUUCCAGCGGGCCAUGCAACAGCUAUACGCGUAUGUUGCAAAAAAAUACACCCUUAAUUUUACGAAUAUCGACUCUUUUCGUGCUUGCAUUCAAUCUUUUGUUUCUUGUCGUUUUUACCCACGGCGUUUAGCGUAGCAACCGGCAAGUGCUGGUCGCGUAAAGAAGUGCAGUUUAGAAUAUAUUCUACAGGACAGAAAUGGCCUGGAGUUACCUUAAAACAUGAUAGUUUAUUAUGAUGAAAAAAAAGAUAUGUAAUUUUUUUUUCGAAAAAAGAGAGUAGUAUGGAAGAGACCGACUAAUCCCUUUUUCAGAGCGGAUAUCUCAUUUAAGAGGGCAGAAACAUUUGAAAUUUAUGACGUCACGAAUUUGUGGCUAGUAUAACUUGUUUGGCAGAUUCGAAGUUGUUUUAUAGAUAAACGAUGUCAUAGGUUUUGAUCGGUUGACUAAAAUUUAGAAAUGCGUUCAUUGAUUGAUUAAUUUUGACGAAGGAAUAAUUGUUAACUCACAUGGCAGCUAAAAACGCAGGUUUUAUUGCCUGUCCAAUUGCUCAUUGUUUUACGGCGCGCAAAUUGACAGGUUUAGGACCCAACCUUGCGUUUCAAUACUAAAACCAGAGAACAGCGUCAGAACACUACACAUUCAAUCUGACAAUUAAGGAUAUUUUUUGUAUGUAAAGGAUUGUGUGCUGCAUUGCUACCGCCCGCCAGAGGAUACAUCGCACAUACUCAGACACCGUUUACACGAACGGUUCCGAAAAAUUUUUAAACACACGAAUUUUUUACCGCUUUGAAAUCCAUUUAUAUGAAACCGUGUAAAUUUUGUAGCAGUAUUGUUUACAUGAGCCUGUGCUAAUUUUUGACAGUCUUAACAUUGGAAUGGCUUUUUUGUCAAAAGCACGUGACUAUGCUCCAGGCUUUUACCGCAAAAACUGUGAAAAACCUUCCACGGUUGAGGUGUUUACACGAGUUCGCGCAAAGGUUGAACCACACCGGUCAAAUAUUUUGACCUACCUCUGAUCAGGUUAAAAAAAAUUGCCACUUAAUCGUUUUUUAAAAUGCACGGUUCCGCGGGUCCCGUGUAAACGAAAGGCGGACCCGUGCAAGUUUUGUGAGAUCAAAAAUUUGUCCAGACGCUUGUUAACGGGGUCCAAAUGUCUAACCUACUCUUUCACUCUUCUUUUAGGUAAAUUUGAAUCCGAGCUUCCUGAAGCGCGCAAAGGAUUUGCGGGCUCACAACCGCUAGACCGCUGGUCACAUAUAUUCAAGGACUUCAAGGCACAAGGUUACGCCACUCUGUUCAGUGAAGACGCCCCAGUUUACGCUGCAUUCAACUACCGUUUACAUGGCUUCAAAAACCCUCCAACGGAUCAUUUCUCUCGAUAUUUCUGGGAAGCAGCGCAUAUGACCUCACCACAAUGUGUCCACAGCAAGCCACAACAUCAAAUCCAUUUUGAUUACAUCACGUCAUUUCUGGAAGCUUAUCGAAAUCAACCCAAAUUUGGAUUGUUUUUCAUGUCAGAAAUCUCUCAUAACAAUUUAGAAAAUGUUUAUUUCUGCGCGAAUAAUUUUGUAGCUCUUCUAAGACAUUUAUAUGGAGGAAAUCUUUUGAACGAUUCUUUGUUGAUAGUUAUGUCAGAUCACGGUGCUCGGGUUGGUGACGCAAGAGUGACUUUGCAAGGAAAGCUAGAAGAACGUCUUCCACUGAUGUCUUUUACAUUCCCAGAAUGGUUUUCGCAACAGUACCCCAGCUUAAUCGAAAAUUUUAAAGAAAAUAGUAACAUUGUGACGUCACCCUUUGAUCUAUAUGCCACCUUUAAACACAUACUAAGUUACCCCCAGAUUCCCGCUAACUUGACGAGAGGUAAAAGCCUUUUCAGUAAAAUUAAUAAAUCUCGUGAUUGCGAAGAUGCUGGUAUAGCCGAACAUUACUGCCCGUGCAUACAAUGGAAAAGUAUCGACACACGUACAGAUCACGCGCGCAGUGCUGCUCAAGCAGCUGUUGAUCACGUGAACAACCUAACUGCAUCGGACGCUCAAGGUUUACACCUUUGUUCGCGUUUACAACUUAAAGAAAUCUGGGCAGCUCAUCAAACAAUUCCCAAUGUAAAGGUGGCUCAAUACUUAGGAUCGUCUGAUGUUCAUGGUAGACAACCUAUGUUUUCAAGAGGCACUGCGACGCUUGGGCAAUGUUUAUAUCAAAUACAGUUUCAGACUGUACCUGGGAAUGGUAUAUUCGAGGCCUCAGUGAGUCUCCAAAGUGGUAUUUUUCGGGUUACAAGUGAAAUGAGCAGGAUAAAUCUUUACGGUGACCAAUCAAAGUGUAUAGUGGACAAAAGUCCUCAUUUACGAAAGUACUGUCUCUGUAAAGAUUAUAAAGAAGAAUAA